AUUGCCAAUGGAUUCACAGAAAUGCAUUACCAGCAAGAUGGCACACUGGUCUCCCACACCCCCGAUCUCAUGGACCACUGUUACUACCACGGUCACGUGCAUGGCCACCCGGGCUCCACUGUCAGCCUCAGCACAUGCACCAGAUUCAGGGGACUUCUGACCUUUGGAAACCAAACUUACAUCUUAGAGCCGACAAGAAGCACCCCCAGCGGGUAUACACUCCUGCCAGCCCAGAACCUACUGGGGUUCCAGGGUUCCUGCGGUUCCCAUGUGGCUCCCACCAGCCCCCGACGCCCACCACCCUCCCACACACAAGCCAAACGGCAAAAGCGAGAGACCCUCAAGAUGACAAAGUACGUGGAGCUGGUUAUUGUGGCAGAUAACCGAGAGUUCCAGAGACAAGGCAAAGACCUGGAGAGGGUGAAACAGAGAUUAAUCGAAAUUGCGAAUCACGUGGACAAGUUUUACAGACCUCUGAACAUCCGCAUCGUGCUAGUGGGUGUGGAAGUCUGGACAGACAUCGACAAAUGCUCCAUCAACCAGGAUCCCUUCACCAGCCUCCAUGAAUUCCUGGACUGGAGGAAGAUGAAGCUUCUACCUCGAAAAUCACACGACAAUGCUCAGCUUGUCAGCGGGGUUUCUUUCCAAGGAACCACCAUCGGCAUGGCGCCCAUUAUGAGCAUGUGCACAGCAGAGCAGUCUGGGGGCGUCGUCAUGGACCAUUCAGAUAGUCCUCUGGGCGCUGCCGUCACCCUGGCACAUGAACUAGGCCACAACUUUGGGAUGAACCAUGACACACUGGAGCGAGGCUGUAGAUGCAAAAUGGCUGCGGAUAAAGGAGGUUGCAUCAUGAGCCCUUCCACAGGGUACCCUUUCCCUAUGGUAUUCAGCAGCUGUAGCAAGAAGGAUCUGGAAGCCAGUCUGGAGAAAGGCAUGGGAAUGUGCCUCUUCAACCUGCCAGAAGUGAAGCCGUCUUUCAGGGGCCAGAAAUGUGGCAACGGCUAUGUGGAAGAAGGCGAAGAGUGUGACUGCGGAGAGCCGGAGGAAUGUACCAAUCUCUGCUGCAACGCCACCUCCUGCACCCUGAAACCAGAUGCCGUGUGCGCGCAUGGGUUGUGCUGUGAAGACUGCAGGCUGAAGCCUGCGGGGACAGCAUGUAGAGCUUCGGGCAACUCCUGUGACCUCCCCGAGUUCUGUACCGGAACCAGCCCACAUUGCCCAGCCAAUGUCUAUCUGCACGAUGGGCACCCAUGCCAGGGCGUAGAUGGCUAUUGUUACAACGGCAUCUGCCAGACCCACGAGCAGCAGUGUGUCACGCUCUGGGGACCAGGUGCAAAGCCUGCCCCUGGGGUUUGCUUCGAGAGAGUCAACUCUGCGGGGGACCCUUAUGGCAACUGUGGUAAAGACUCCAAGAGCUCGUUUGCCAAGUGUGAGCCCAGAGAUGCAAAAUGUGGGAAAAUCCAGUGCCAAGGUGGGGCCAGCCGACCAGUCAUUGGUACCAAUGCCGUCUCCAUAGAGACCAAUAUCCCACAACAGGAAGGGGGUCGGAUUCUGUGCCGUGGGACACACGUGUACCUGGGGGAUGACAUGCCAGACCCCGGUCUUGUGCUUGCCGGCACCAAGUGUGCAGACGGAAAAAUCUGUCUCAGCCGCCGGUGUCAAAAUGUGACUGUCUUUGGCGUUCACACGUGUGCCCAGCAGUGUCAUGGCAGAGGGGUGUGCAACAACCGGAAGAACUGCCACUGCGAGGCCCGGUGGGCACCCCCUUUCUGUGACCGGCUCGGCUUUGGAGGGAGCAUGGACAGUGGCCCCAUCAGACAAGCAGGUCAGCACGGGGCGACUGUGGGGACACUGGUGAGCAUUCUGUGUCUCCUGGCUGCGGCCUUUAUCCUAUACUUUAAGAGGGACUCGCUGGUCCGGCCGCUGUUCGCCAACAGGAAAAGCGCCAUCCAGAAGCUCAGGUGUGUGCGUCCUCCCCGCCCAGCCAAUGGCCCCCAGUCUGGGUGGUCCCAGCUCCCCGCCCUGAGCCGGGGCCCCAUGAGGAAGCCACCUCUGUGGAAUGCGCUACAGGACAGUCCCAGGAGAGUGCUCCCCUGUCCGAACGUGACCAUCAGCAGACCUCUCAAAGCCCCGGAUGCCCCUCAGCCCAGCCCACCUCCGAGGACACUCCUGGCCCUCCAGCAGGAAGUCUGUGUGCCCAGUGCCCCCACCAGAGCUCUACCAGCCAGCCCGGCACUCAGGCCGGCCCAGGGAGCUCAGAAGCCAAGCCCCCCACAGAAGCCGCUGCCUGCAGACCCCCUGAACAAGUCAGGCCGGCUCAGUGGUGCUGCAGUCAGACCCAGGGGCCCUGUGGACUCAGGGUUCCGCCAGACCCCCGUCAGACCUGCCCCCAAGCAUCCUUACUCAGUACCCCGCCUUGCCCCAGCUGCCUCCAACAAGUGAGACACCACAGCCCACCUGGACCAACCGGACACGAGUUUGCACUAGCAGCAGUUUCCCAGGAAGCUGACGUUUGCCCCAAACAGGCUCUGACUGUUGGACCAUCCAAAGCCCUUCUUUUGAAGACUUUGAGCUACUGCGUCCGCCCACGGUGCUGUGCUAUGGUGCUCAGUUUACCUGCUCAGGUACUUGUAACUUAUUAAUUUAUGCAGGACGCUCGGCCACAUUGGGUCCUCGCCCAGGAAGGCUUGUCAGCUUCCUGAGAGUCCAGAAAAGUUGGAGGGUUUUGGCCGGGACACUGCACCGAGACCCGUGUGGCCUGUCAUGGGGCUUCAGCCAACCCAAAGGGGUGGUCCCAGAGCCCAAGAGCUCUGGGAGAUUCCAUGCGAUUUCUGGAGUGCCCCAAACUUCAGCCAGAGGCUCAGGGCACUUCCAGCCAGGCUGUGCCUGGCAUUCAGGCAAGACCCCUCUGGGCUGCCUCAUCCCUGGGGUACUGAGAGCCCAGGCAGGGGAGUCCUGCCCUGGACGCUUAGGUGUAUUCAGAUGUGAUCCAGCCACCCUGUUGCUAGAAAUCUUCCACUGCAAGGUCACACUUGUUCAAAAAUCAGGCCAGAUUCUCCAGGCGGGUGGAACCUACCAGCCCUGGGAACCACACGCCGGCUGAUCUCGGCCAUCUGUGGCCCUCAUGGACCAAUUAGGCAGAGCCCAGCUUCACUCUGUUGGUCCCACCCCUGAGCUUUCACAGCAGGAUUGUGGAGCUCCCCAGAAUAUACCUAGGAACCUCACCUUGCCAGUGACACCUCCCCCCCAGUCUCAGGCAGGGAACCUUCCAUCUCACACAGUGAAGCCAUUCACACACACAUUGGAGGGCAGGUGCAAGGCAGGGGUAUAGG